GUCGUUCGUUGGAAACAAAAUGGCUGCGAACUUGUUGUAUUAGGCUACAGUCAUUCACAUUUUUCUGGAUGCAAAAACGAACUUAAAUUCACCUUCGUUAAUUUGAAAGUGUUACAAAAUUAAAAUCGAUUCGGAAAUGGAUGCAGACUAUCAAUUAGACAUUGAUGUGCAUAAAAUGUGCAGAUGCUGUUUGACGGCUGAUGAAAAAGACCUGAAAAACAUCUUCUGCUAUGACAUUUUGGACGGCGCUAUUGUUGACUUUCCCAAAAUUUACAAAAAUGUUACAGACAUUGAGACCAAAAAAGACGACAAACUACCGCAAGGUAUUUGCUCCACUUGUAAAGCAAAGGCCAGCGAAUUUCAUUUGUUCAAGCAACGAUGCAUAAACUCGAACAAUUUGCUGUGUAAGAUUUUGGAUGUUCCCAUUCCUGUUAAGUCGUUGGAAAAACCAUCUCAAACGGAUAGGGCUACACAAUCGAUGGUUUGUGAAACUACGGCUCAAGGAACACAAACUAUUGAAACGGUUGAAUCGAAACGAGUGAACCAACAACAACAAAUCGACUAUGUCGACAGACGGGAAAGUAAGACUGCAGUGAAAAUGAUUGAUACGCGCGCCGUCAAACAUGAAGUGGAAGCAGAACUCGAAGAAGACUUUGUCGAUCAGGAAGCUGUAGAAGUGGACGACUAUGUCUUAGAUUACGAGUGCGAGUCAGAGUAUCUGUCACCAGACAAUAUGUAUGUCAUCGGUGAUGAUGGCUCUCCCAUCGAAGACAACGGAGAUCCGUUCAUCGACACGAUUGAAUACAAAAUCGAAGGAUUGGAAAACGAUCAAAUCCAAGUUCUGGAAAGUAUGGAUGCGACUGAGACCUACAGCAUCGUCGAACCGACUAAAUUUCCCGCACCAAAACGAUUAAAAAAGUCGGUCGAAACGUGCAACAUUUGCAAAACGAAAGUCAAAACCAGCCUCCUCAAAUCGCACCGGAAUUUACACCAACGUACGUUACCGACGAUACUCGACUCGAUUCCGUAUUUUCGGUGUGGUCGAUGCAAAACCGUUUUCUCCGAAAUAUCUCACCUGGAAAGUCAUUUUGUCAAUGGCAGCUGCUCCUCGUACGAAGACGAGCCGAACUGUACCGAUUAUCAGUAUCUGGAAGACUUUCCGGAAUGUGACACUGAAGAAGGAGGGGAAUUUUCUGGAUGCCGAACGCUUCGUCUCUGUUCGGUUCUGCAAACAUCGGACGAUACGUUUACCUGUGAGCUGUGCUUCAAUUUCACCAGUUCAAGCGUUCAUGACAUUCUCGUGCAUUGCGUCAAGCACUUCAGUAAUGACAAGGAGAACAACGUCGUCUAUUACGACGAAACAAUGCCCGGUCCACACAGAUGUGGCGUAUGUCAAUUGAAUCAAUCGUCCUUGUCUGCCGCGCUGCGCCAUGUCUUCUUCCAUCUAUCGUCGUUUAUCUGCCCGCACAAAGAUUGUGACGACAAAUUUGCCGAUUUCAAAUCGCUCAACGUACACUUCGACCAGUGCCAUAUGCAGAAAGAAAGUGUUAACAAUCAACAGUGCAUGCACUGCGGUUACAUUGCGGGAAAUUAUCAAGCCUUUCGACAGCAUCAGUGGAGGGAGUGCGAAAAGAAAAUCCAUCGAUGUGAAGUAUGCGACAAGAAAUUCUUUCACAAAACAUCUCUGUCGAUGCACAUGAAAUACCAUUUGGAGGCGAAAUAUGCGUGCGAAGAAUGCAACAAAACGUUUUCACAGUCGUGCGACUUGAAGGUGCACCGUCGUAUCCAUACUGGAGAGAAACCGUACAAGUGCGAGCACUGCGACAAAUCAUUCCGAUCGAUAAGUAACAGAAAGGAUCACAUGAGCACCCAUCGAACCGACAAACUGUUCACCUGCGAAAUCUGUUCACAAACAUUCAAAUCGGAACGCACGCUACGAGGCCACUAUCCCAUUCACAAUGCUACCAAGAAAUUUCAGUGCACUCAAUGCAACAAGUCUUUCCAUCGCCGGUUCCAUUUGACGUUGCACUUGAAAAGUCACGAGAGAAAGGAUUAUCGAGUUGUCAGCACAUCGCCGUCGGCUAAAGUUAAGGCGUAGCAUGUAACAUUGUACCAUAAUGCUGUAACAUCUUGUGUGUAAGCUAGUUAAUAAUAUCAAAUAGUCAAUCGAGAAA